ACCACAACUUCUUCAAUUACGCCGCCGCCGCCGCCGCGCCGAUGACUCAAGAGCACCCCUCGCCGGCGUCCUCCGACACUACAGUAUCCUCCGACUCCGCUCCCGAAUCCGAUGCCUCCACAUCAUCCUCGCCGCUCUCGUCCGGCUCCUCCGGAUCCGAACCCGCCGUUCCCAAGAAGCCCCGCCCCCCCGUGCGCUCGUGGCCAGCCUCCGACGAGAUCGCGCUCCUCGAGGCCGUCGCGGCGCACCGCGAGAAGCACGGGCGGAUGCCGUCGCCCAGCGACAUCGCCGCCGCGCUGCAAGGCCGCCUCCGCGCGGAGGACCGCCUCGGCGCCGAGCAGGUCGCCCGGCGGCUGCGCGCGCUCCGCGGCCGGUACGACUCGGCCGCCGCCCGCCUCUCCCGCGGCACCAUCCCGGUGAAGGAAGACGACGUCACGAUCUACAGGCUCUCCAAGCUAAUCUGGGCGGGCACGCGCAAGGGGAAGAGGAGAAAGAAGGCCCGUGCGGCCGACGCGCGCGCGGACCCGAGGGAGUUCGCCGAGCUGUCCGGGCUGUACCCUUGCCUCUCCGCGGAGGUGGAGGCGAUUGACAAGGGGUGCGGCGCUGCGGCGGCCGCCGGGGUGCUGAAGAGGGCGUUUGGGCGCAUCGGGGACGACACUGCGGCGCGGCUGGAGGCGAGGGUGAAGAUGCAGCGGGUGGCGGAGGCCAGGGCGAGCGCGGAGCUUGACCAGCUGAGGAGGAAUGUCGCCGGGGCUCUUCUGCGUCUGAGCAAGUGAAUGGCCUGGUGUUGCAUUUUGCAUCAAUCAAUUUUGAUUAUCAUUUAGCAUUAGGGGCAGUGUUUGGGAGGGUUUCUGCUCCCAAAUUAUCAUCCAGAGCAGCUGGAGUGCAUCCAACUGCCCUCAGCUCUGAAGAAACAGUAUGAAAGCAGAAUGGUCCAGAGCCACAAAUUAACUGGAGAAGUGGAGCAGGCUGCCUUAUCUGUAUUCCAUGUUCUGUAUGCGUCUGUUCAAGAUGUUCCUAUGCCCUAUUCCACCAUCUCGUCAAGGUAAUGCCACAUAUGACAUCAUAUAUUGAGAUGUUCUUGAGUGUUUGGUUGUAUGGUACUAUGGCAGUGUGUAGGUACUGAAAUGGAUUCUGGUAUUUGUGAUGAAUGUAGUGUACUGACUGCUUUUGCACUAGUAGACUCUCCAGGGCCCAGGCCUCCACACAUAUUUUGUGAUGGGAGAUUGGACCGUUGGAUUCAGUGAACUUCAAUACAUUUUUUGCAUUGCAUGGAUGCGUUAAAAAUUAGUUAUAUGUUAUUGAAGAGUGAGAUUAAAAUUUGAUAUGUGAUCUUUCAAUAGGACAUUUUUGCAGGCAUGCAGGAAAAUGUUGUAGGGAUUUUUUUUUUCGUUCUCCCCUGUAACCUUGUUUGACCUUUUGGCUACUCCAUUAGUCUCUUCAGACAUCUGAUCGUUGAGGCAAGUAUACUUUUGAUGUGGUUAAGAGUACCAGUCAACGUUUGCAAUUCAGCGAAUUAUUGAAAUGGAAUAAUGACAAAGUUCUUUUUUCA